AUGGUCACACAAUGUCCUAUCCUGGAUAAGAAGAAGGUCAAUGGUCUUAUCCUGGAUAAGAAGAAGGUCAAUGGUCUUAUCCUGGAUAAGAAGAAGGUCAAUGGUCUUAUCCUGGAUAAGAAGAAGGUCAAUGGUCUUAUCCUGGAUAAGAAGAAGGUCAAUGGUCUUAUCCUGGAUAAGAAGAAGGUCAAUGGUCUUAUCCUGGAUAAGAAGAAGGUCAAUGGUCUUAUCCUGGAUAAGAAGAAGGUCAGCGGCCUUAUUCCAGCGUAG